AUGUAUACCGACGACCAUGACUUGGACCACACCCUUAGUGAUUAUACGAAAGGAGGAAAUUUUCAAUCAUCCUGUAUGUGGAUUGGGUUGGACAGGUGUCAGAUGAUAUCGGCUACGUGGUGUACUCAGCCCUGGGCAGCUUCUACAUCCCCUCCUGCAUCAUGGUGUUCGUCUACAUACGGAUAUACUUCGCGGCGAAGGCACGAGCCAGAAGAGGCAUUAGGAAAAACCCUAGGCCUAGACCUGGAGAAUCAAAUAUCGACAAUAGAAACGCCUCAGGUCCAAAUUCCCACAGUCACGUGCGAUCUCGCCUCCGACAUAUCCACCAGUGAAGCGGGGGACACGGCACCGCCCCCACCGGACGAAAGAAAAGAUCACCUUAAGGUAGUCACAUCAGCGCAAGUGAUGAAGAAUCCCCUAGCAUCCUGCCCUCAUAGAAGUUCUACCUUCUCUGUGAACGGUGAGCUCCAACUACAACAGACCAGAGGGCGAGCGCCCAGCGUUGCCAUCGACGUCGACAUGGUAUCUGAACUAGAACCUUCUUCCUCAGAUUCCGGCGUCGUUAGCCGAUGCGGCGGCGUCAAACCUCUAAAGCUGCGAAUCUUCAAAAAGACGGACAAGCGGCAAGAGAAGCAACCGAGCAAGUCGGAACUUGAGCCAGCGUUGCCAAAACCUCACAAACCCAGAGAUCCGGAGAGAGAGAAGAAACGAUUAGCCAGAAAAAAAGAGAAGCGCGCCACGUUGAUCCUUGGCUUGAUUAUGGGCAGUUUCAUCGCUUGCUGGCUGCCUUUCUUCUUCUUGUAUAUUCUAAAAGCCGCCUGCAGGAAUUGCGUUAUACCAUCCAACGCGUUCGCGAUAGCCUUCUGGCUCGGAUACAUGAACUCUGUACUGAAUCCUGUUAUUUAUACUAUAUUUAACAAAGAUUUUAGAAGAGCGUUUAGGCGGAUAUUGUUUAAGUGAUGUUUGGCUUACCUGUGCUGCUACAAGUGCGUUGCCAACCGCAUACUGUUGGCUCAGCGACGAGCAGUACCGGGUCUUUACAAUGUAAGAUAAGUUCCAUUCAUUCGGACUCUUAGUGUGGCAAUUGGAUUGCUUACCUA